AACCACGAAUCGUGGGGCGUAAAUACAAGGUGGUAUUCAAGCAAUCAAUAGAUGACUGACACGUGGAUAAGUUUAGAGAUGCUUUUGUAAAGUCUGAGGGGAUCUUGAUUUGUGUGGGAUACUUGAAGAAACAGCAAGGCGUGGAAUGUCAUUCGAUGAAUUACUCACCAUCCCUGAACAGGAUGAAUGGGUUUAUAGUGACGGGAAAUCAACAACAUGUGUUGCUUUCAUCCUUGCAAUGUACAAAGCCGCUGGUGUAUUCGGCCCUCUCGCUAAUCACAUUCAAGUCACUGAAUUCACUGUGCGUUUCUUUUCUUCUUUCGAUAUCAAGUCUUUCCAUUUAACAUCACUCUUGAGCGUUUAUUUCUUUCCUAUUCUCAGAUCUGAGAUGCAUACACUCCGAAGUUAUUUGAGUCUAACCAGACUCGGCUACCGAGUUGGUGCAACACAGAGGAAGAGAAGCUUGACUUCUGUCAGAUUCUAGGUGAAUACAGAAUGGAGUUACAUUGCAAUAAGAACUUUCAUAUUUUCUGUUUUGUUUUUGUGAUUAUAACCAUACAAAGAUUAUUUUGGUAUUGAAUAAUGAUUGGAUUUGUUA